UAAAUAAUAUAAUUAAUAUUAAGCAACACUUUUUUCAGUAGUCGUUGCGUUCGUUGUUGUUGGUGUUGUUUCUUAGCUGAGCACCCAAAAAGGCGUGCGGCAUUCUCUCAUUCGCGUGUGUUUUUAUACUUCUGCGUUUGUGUCGUGUGAGCUUUUGUGAUUGUUUGCAUAUAUAACAUAUAUAUGUAUAUAGAGACCUUUGCGACAACUGUCCAAUAAUAAAGAAAAUAUACAUAUUGUCUAAGAUUAUGAACGACUAGUAGUAAUGAACGAAUUGUAUAACUGCACAUAUGUAUAUAUACAUCGCUAGAUAGGGAGGUCGAGUCAGCAGAUCCGUUGAAACGCGCAACAGCAGCGCACCGAAAAAGGAGAACAAAAAAAAAAAGAACAAAAAAGCAACCGAAGUUCAGGUCCACAAAUGGCAUAUACAGCCCGGCGCUGUCGUCAUCUGUGCCUGCUCUUUCUUCAGCUGCCGCAGUUGCAGUUGCAGUUGCCACCACCACCACCAAAGCCAGCACCAGCACCACCAUCGCCACCCAUUGGAAGCUGCUUCGACAGCUGCUGUGCGUCGCAUUAGAGCAGCUGCACAAUGCCAAGUGCCCACUAUCAACCACUCGAACUACGCGCAGACGACAACGACGAAGACGACCUCCUCGAGGAGGGGCUGCUCGAGCAUUGCACAAUCGAAACGGACGUGCAGCCAAACGGACGCAUACGCUAUCAUCCACAGCCAGUUGAUGAACUGCGGUCCAUUGGCGGCAUGACGGCGCCACGUUUCAGUCGGGCUGCCAGCUCGGGCAUGCGACGUUUUUUGUUUGUUACGCUGAUCCUGUUGCCAAUCUGCUUUUUGAUCUACUUUGUGAUCAGUCCACAGUCGCAAGACUCGGAGGAUGCCGACGGAGACGUUGACCCGCAUAACGGCAUAGGGAAUACGAUUGGGAUCGCUUUAAAUGAACCGUUGCACAUUUGCAGCGAGAGGUAUGAAGAUCAUCGCCUCUAUAUAGAUGAUAAACCGCGUAGUGCCUACGCACAGCUGCCUGUGAUCUAUUUCGUAACGCCCACAUAUCCCAGACGCGAGCAAAUACCCGAACUGAUUCGACUCGCGUACACCCUGCUCCAUGUGCCUAGACUCCAUUGGCUGGUGGCCAAUGAUCGGGAGGGAUGUGAUAACUUUUUGGAUAUGCAAUUGAAUGGAUUUGGUAUUCCCUAUACACAUAUGGCCAGCCCCAUGCCCCGUGAGUAUCGCAAAGUGAAGCCAGCGCCGAGGGGCGUGGCCAAUCGACGAGCAGCUCUACAAUGGCUACAUCAGCAUAACCUCACGAAUGGUAUACUCUACUUUGGUGACGAUGACAAUACGUACGAUCUAAGAUUAUUCUCGGAAAUUAGGCAGACACAGCGUGUCUCUAUGUUUCCCGUUGGACUGAUAGCAGAAUAUGCAAUCAGUGGGCCGGUGGUGCGUGAUGGUAAAGUUGUGGCCUUUCUGGACUCUUGGGUGGCGGGUCGUCGCUGGCCUGUCGACAUGGCUGGCUUCGCUGUGAGCUUGUCGUAUAUGUCACAGUAUCCAAAUGUGAAUAUGCCCUAUAAGCCGGGUUAUGAGGAGGAUUUGUUUUUACGUAGCAUUGGACUGCGCAUCGAGCAGAUCGAGCCUCGGGGCAAGAACUGCACCGAAAUUCUUGUUUGGCAUACGCAGACCAAAAACAAAAAAUCUGCCGUUGUUCGUCUGGAGAACAGAUUCAUGGAUGAACGCUCUAAUUUGGGGGCACUCUUUCGGUUACUUGAGCGAAUGGGCGUGGCCAGAGCCUCGGAUACCGAAGGUCUCUUGGCAACGAUCAGCAAAAAUGGCAAAAGUAAAACCCACUCAUAUUUCCUGAACUGACUUUUAUUAGUGGGACCUCUAGAGCAUAAGCCAACCGUUCAACCGUCGUACUAUACAGUCUAAGAAUACUCAUAGCUAUUAAAAAAUUUAUGUUAGAGAUUAUUAUUAUCAGAAAAAUAAGCACAACUUAGUUUCAAACGCUUUUCUAUUAUAA